AUGGCGGAGAGCGAGGCCGAGACCCCCAGCACCCCGGGCGAGUUCGAGAGCAAGUACUUCGAGUUCCACGGCGUGCGGCUGCCGCCCUUCUGCCGCGGGAAGAUGGAGGAGAUCGCCAACUUCCCGGUGCGGCCGAGCGACGUGUGGAUCGUCACCUACCCCAAGUCCGGCACCAGCUUGCUGCAGGAGGUGGUCUACCUGGUGAGCCAGGGCGCCGACCCCGACGAGAUCGGCCUGAUGAACAUCGACGAGCAGCUCCCGGUCCUGGAGUACCCGCAGCCCGGCCUGGACAUCAUCAAGGAACUGACAUCACCCCGCCUCAUCAAAAGCCACCUCCCCUACCGCUUCCUGCCCUCCGAUCUCCACAAUGGCGACUCCAAGGUCAUAUACAUGGCCCGGAACCCCAAGGACCUGGUGGUGUCCUACUACCAGUUCCACCGCUCCCUGCGCACCAUGAGCUACCGGGGCACCUUCCAGGAGUUCUGCCGGCGGUUCAUGAACGACAAGCUGGGCUACGGCUCCUGGUUCGAGCACGUGCAGGAGUUCUGGGAGCACCGCACGGACUCCAACGUGCUCUUCCUCAAGUAUGAGGACAUGCACCGGGACCUGGUGACGAUGGUGGAGCAGCUGGCCAGAUUCCUGGGGGUGUCCUGUGACAAGGCCCAGCUGGAGUCGCUGAUCGAGCACUGCCACCAGCUGGUGGACCAGUGCUGCAACGCCGAGGCCCUGCCGGUGGGCCGGGGGCGCGUGGGGCUGUGGAAGGACAUCUUCACCGUGUCCAUGAACGAGAAGUUCGACCUGGUGUACAAGCAGAAGAUGGGGAAGUGCGACCUCACCUUUGACUUUUAUUUAUAAGCGCAGCCCCGGCAACCGCCCUGCAUGCUCGCGGUCCCCAGACGCCACUAGCUGCGGUCCCGUAUGCGCAUUCGUUACUCGCUGGACAGGCCCCGGCCGCCGUGUGGCCAGGCGGGGAGGGGGGCCCGCGGGAGGUGGGGGGGGGGGCUGCCGCCCCGAGCCGCUGUCCGCCUUCGGAUCUGAAGUCUGUCCGUGUCCGAUGCAAACAUUGUCAGGAUCGCCGUCCCGCUCCGACGGCGGCACCGUGAAUACAAAGCCUGUAACAUACGCGGCCCGACGCCUGCCUCUCGCCCGGCACGCCUGCUGUAUUUUAGCGCUUCCCGCCGGAAACCGGAGCACGUCGGUGUCAACCAAACGGAAGGUCAUUUCCAAGGGCCCCGGGAGCGCGCCACACCGAGCGGCAGGCGGAGCUCAGGCUGCAGCUUAUUUCUGUAGUUUCUCCGGCGCCGCGGCCGUUCCGGUCUCACCUGGGUCUGAGGAAGGGGAGGGCUCGGUGAGGGGGCCGAGGGGAGCCGGUCCCCACGGCGUGCAGUUCUGUCCACGGGCGUUCUCCGAGGGGAUGCCCCUCGGCCAGAGACUCGCUGGGCGGAGCCAGCGGGACCCGGAGGAAACCUGCCCCCAGGCCAGUGAUGGGGGACGGUCUGCCCGGAGACGCUGGGCGUCAGUCCCCGCGCCCGCCUUUCGUUCGGUCCCUAAAGCAGGAGCCCGCUGUGGGCAGCAGUGCUCCUCGGGGUUCCUGGGCUCCUGGUCUUUAGUCUGCUGGCGGCUCUGUCUCCACGGAGGCGCUCAGCCCUGGGGUGCCGUGUUGCAGGGUCACUGCCCUGUUCCCAGCCCCGG